ACAUUUAUUCAUUUCAAAUCGUAGCAAUGGCCAAAAAAUUACACUACUUCGAUUCCAUUAUCGGUCUCGCAGAGCCGAUCCGCUACAUCCUUCAUUACGGAAAGCAAAAGUUCGAAGAUGUGAGGUAUAAAUACCAGGACUGGCCUAUCAAAAGCGUGAAAGAUUCGCUUCCAUUCGGUCAACUGCCUAUUUAUGAAGAAGGAAACAAAACUUUGAACCAGUCGCUGGCCAUUGCGAAGUACGUCGCUACCUACAGCAAGCUCGUACCGAGCGAUCCUUGGGAACAAGCCGUUUUGGAAGCUAUGGUUUACAACCUUUACGACUUCUGGAAGUUUGUCGUAGCUUUCAUAAAGGAGGAGGAUCCAGUUAAAAAACAAGAAUUAAAGAAACAAGUCUUGUAUGAACAUGUCGAAUUCUUCUUCCCUAAAUUCGAGAAAGAAUUGAAGAACAACAACGGUUACUUCGGUGGAAAGUUGAGCUGGGCUGACUUCGUCUUUGUUGGUAUCAUUGAUUCGGGAGAUUAUUUCCUUGGUGAGAAAAUCGAGAACAAAUACCCAUACAUUAAGGCCUUAGUGCAGAACGUACACAACCUACCUGGGGUUAAGGAGUACAUCGCAUCUAGGAAAGUCGAACCAAUGUCGGUAUAAACUUGAAACACAAAUUAUUUAAUUCUUCAAUUUCGAAUAAAUUGAUCGAAACUAA